CCAGAGGGACCAAAGGGAGGGACAGAGGGAUGUGACGUGAGAGAGCGGGAGUAUGGAAACUGAUUACUGCAGGCAGAACAACGCUAGAUAAUUCUGCUCUCCCUCGCCCCCCCCCCCCCCUCCAUCUCUCUGUCGCUCCCUCUGUCUCACCACUCCACAUCCCCAGCGAUGCUGCUCUGACCAGACACUGCCGGAGAAAAACAAACACGCCACACACUCGUGCUGUCAUGCAGCAGAAAGUGCUGCUCUUUGCCGCUGCACACACAGACACACGCUGUAAUUACAAACACCCCCCUGCCACCGCCGCCGCCGCCGCCGCCGCCGCCUUGCAGCGGAGAGGAGAUCCAGAGGAGGAUACAGCAGGAAUGUGAGUGAGUGAGGAGCUUCAUCUGAAAACAUCUUUGUGGAGGACUCCUCCCUGGUUGCUGGUGUGGUAAUCUCCAGCUCUGCAGCAGUGUGCCAGCAACCGUCCCAGCCGACACAACGAGACACGAGGAUCCGCGCUGACAGCCUGAGACGCUUCGCUGAGUGUGUGUCGCCGUCCGGGGAAUGCUCACUGGACUCAGAAACGUGACCUGAACGCGAUGACUAACCAGGACAAAUGGGUCACGCUGACCCCAGCUGAAUUUGCCUUGCUCCAGGAGUACACUCAGUACUCGACCAAGAAGCUGAAGGAUGUGCUGCAGGAGUUCCACGGAGAAGGUGUGCUGGCCAAGUACAACCCAGAGGAGAAGCAGGAAAUUCUCAACCAGGAAAUCGACUUUGAGGGCUUCAAGGUCUUCAUGCAAACGUUUCUGGAGAGCGAGCUCCCCGAGGAAUUCUGUCAACACCUCUUCAUGUCGUUUAGCAACAAGAGACCCAAACCGAGCCCUUCGUCCUCCGACAAGCCUCGAGUCUCUGGGCUGAAGCUGAUCAAAGGCAGCUCCACCCCCCUGAAGACGCCCCCCCAGCCCAGACCUCUGGACACGGUGCAGCUCAAGGACAUCGUGUGUUACCUGUCCCUGCUGGAGGGCGGGCGUCAGGACAAGCUGGAGUUUAUGUUCCGCCUCUACGACACCGAUGGAAACGGGUCUUUGGACAGCUCGGAGCUGGAGCACAUUAUCUCCCAGAUGAUGCACGUAGCAGAGUACCUGGAAUGGGACGUGACUGAACUCAAACCGAUUCUCCAGGAAAUGAUGCAGGAAAUCGACUACGAUCGUGACGGCACUGUGUCCCUGGGGGAGUGGAUCCAGGGAGGCCUGACGACCAUCCCGCUGCUGGUCCUGCUGGGCCUGGAGACGAAUGUGAAAGAUGACGGGCAGCACGUGUGGAGACUGAAGCACUUCAACAAACCGGCCUACUGUAACCUGUGUCUCAACAUGCUGAUUGGACUGGGGAAGCAGGGACUCUGCUGCUCAUUCUGCAAGUACACCGUGCACGAGCGCUGUGUGGCUCGUGCGCCGCAUUCUUGCAUCAAAACCUACAUGAAGUCCAAGAAAAACACGGAGGUGAUGCAUCAUUUCUGGGUGGAAGGGAACUGCCCCACCAAGUGUGACAAGUGUCAUAAAACCAUUAAGUGUUACCAGGGCCUGACUGGGCUCCACUGUGUUUGGUGUCAAAUCACGCUCCAUAACAAGUGUGCCUCCCAUGUAAAGCCGGAGUGUGAUUGUGGACCCCUGAAGGAUCACAUCCUGCCCCCCAACUCAAUCUGCCCCGUCGUCCUGGAAAGGCAGUCGACGGUGAGGAAGGACUCUCGGUCCAGCCAGUCCAGCCGAGGGAAGAUGCAGAGGGCCAACUCGGUCACGGUGGACGGCCAAGGACUGCAGAUCACAACAAUAGAGGGCACUCAUCCUCUGCUGGUGUUUGUCAAUCCAAAGAGCGGGGGGAAGCAGGGGGAGAGGAUUUACAGAAAGUUCCAGUAUCUCCUGAACCCGAGACAAGUCUACAACCUGGCCAAGAACGGCCCCAUGCCUGGGUUAAACUUCUUCAGAGAUGUUCCUGAUUUCAGAGUGUUGGCCUGCGGAGGAGACGGCACCGUGGGCUGGAUCCUGGACUUCAUUGAUAAAGCCAACCUGGAAAGGAACCCUCCUGUGUGUAUACUUCCACUUGGCACGGGCAACGACCUGGCAAGAUGUCUACGAUGGGGGGGAGGCUACGAGGGCGAGAGCCUCCUGAAGAUCCUGCGAGACAUCGAAAACAGUACGGAAGUGAUGCUGGAUCGCUGGAAGAUUGAUGUCACACCAACAGACAAGGAUGAGCGAGGGGACCCGGUGCCUUACAGUAUCGUCAACAACUACUUCUCCAUCGGAGUGGAUGCUUCAAUUGCGCAUCGUUUCCAUGUAAUGAGAGAGAAGCACCCUGAGAAGUUCAACAGCAGAACAAAGAAUAAGCUGUGGUACUUUGAGUUCGGUACUUCGGAGACCUUCUCGGCCACGUGCAAGAAGCUCCACGACUUUCUGGAAGUUGAGUGCGAUGGCGUUACUCUGGACCUCAGCACCAUCUCCUUGGAGGGGAUUGCCAUUCUCAACAUUCCCAGCAUGCACGGCGGCUCCAACCUGUGGGGAGAGAGCAAGAAGAGGAGGGGCUACCGCAAGGCGGGGAAGAAGAGUCAGGACAGAAGGACGCCGAUGGUCGACCCCAAAGAACUAAUGUUUGCAGUUCAAGAUCUGUCCGACCAGCUUCUGGAGGUGGUGGGGCUGGAAGGAGCCAUGGAGAUGGGUCAGAUCUACACGGGCCUGAAGAGUGCCGGGAGACGCCUGGCGCAGUGCUCCUCCGUCACCAUCAGAACAAGUAAAUCCCUCCCGAUGCAGAUCGAUGGUGAGCCUUGGAUGCAAACUCCCUGCACAAUUGAGAUCGUCCACAAGAACCAGGCUCCCAUGCUGAUGGGUCCCCAGCAGGGCCGGAGCUUCUUCUCCUCCGUCAUCAGACGAACGCGCGCCGAGAGCAAAGACUGAGCCGCCGGAGGAGCCGGCGUUGUCUUGAGCCCCCGCGGAGCAGCCGAGGCCCGUCUGACACCACUCUGCCGCUGAAGAACGGGUCUCUGGCGCCUGUUUGAUUCCCCAGCGAUCGGUAGUGAACUGUGGGUUCAGUGUUCUUCUCCUGCAGCGUGGAGAUGCCACUGACACGUUCUCGUUGGAUCCAGAAUGACUUUAGGAUGUUUAAGACUGACGCUUUAUCUACAGCGCGUAACGUUAUUUGUGAGGUGCAAAAUACUGACGCUAUUUCCUGAAGUCCACUUCUAUUCUUCUUCUAUUUUUGUUAGUGUUUAUAUUCUUGCUGUUGUGCUCUGUGCCAUGUGGGGGGAACAAUCCACAAAUGAAUGUGCUAUUAUAUAUUUAUUUUAUUUAUUUCUCUUUGGCUGCUGUUUGUUUCUGAAUGUUACUUUUCCUGUAAGUGCGUGACCCUGAUGCAUGACGGGCAGUGGAAGAGGCUGCUGCAGAUGGAGACGACAUAUCCCGAGUCUGCAGCUGAUUUUUUUUUAUUUCUUUUUCUUUGUAAGAGGUAAAGUGUUUAUUCUCUGUACUUUUUCUACAUUUCACUCAUGAUGGGCCUCAAAGACAGAAACAAGUGCUUUAUCGUCCUGCGAGUCAUCCUUGUCGUGUUUUGAUUGGAUGUAAAAAAAAAAAAAAGAAAAGAAAAGCAUGGUAAUUUUAUGUUGCACGAGAGAUUUUUCCGGACAGUUUUACCAAGUCUGUGCACAAUUGCUGUUGCAUGAGUGACCAAAAACUGUUUUAACGCGUAUAGAAAAUUGAAUAUUUUUAAAUCUACACUUUCAGAAACCACUCGUCUUCAACCAUAUCAUCCUUUAUCAGUGAGAUGGCUGCGAUUUAUUUGAUACUGCUCUCUUUUUGUUUUGAUUUGUUUUUAAAACCGCUCUCAGGAAGCCUAAUUUUCAAUUUUAAACAGUGAAACGCAGCAGAAAAGGCUCUUGUGUCCAGUCAGACUGUAUACGGGUACUGCAACCAUUAUACUGUAGAUAUAAACAUGAGGAGCAGCUUCAUGACCGGAGUGUUUACACGCAGCUGCUCAUGCAAGCAAACAUUAAGCAGCUCAAGUCUAAACAUAAAAUGACUGUUGGGAUACAGUAUAUAUACAGAUAUAUACAGACAUAUGUUGUGUUUGUAUAUAUAUAGAGAAAUCAUCUCAUCCUGUAGGGGCAGAGGUUUUUUACAGUCACUCACAUGUGCACAUGCAACCUAUGAACAAGCUCCUGAAAAGUAUCUUCUAUUACCAAAUAAGCUCGUUAGGAAACUGCCAUUAUUCUACACAGUAUUGGUGGUGAUUCAUCACAUUCUCACUCAUUAACAAAAACCAGUCUGGGGUAGGAAUGGGCGAUAUUUUACCGUUCACGAUAAACCGUCAAAAAAAUUCCCUACGGUAAGAAUUUGUAUCUCGCGUUAAAAAUGAUAAAUUCCCGUUGAUGACGUUUU